AUGUCCCUCACGAAGGUCUCUCAUCAUUCUACGUGCUCGCGACGCCGCCCUGACGACCUCGUCUCUCCCCGGACGAGUAACGAGUCGCACCUUUUCCCUGGCACCUGCCGCUCGGUCCCGGAAAUCAGCCUGAGGUGCGACACCACCAAGGACAGCGACGCCACCUCCUCUCCGGUGAAAGAAGACAACGCGCUCGGCUUUGAUUUACGAAGACUCAACCCCGGACACCUGCAGCGGUCCCUGCAGGUCUCGUCGUUUCUGAUCCGGGAUAUCUUAUCGGACUGCGAGGGGUCUAUGGUGGACAGUGAGGGGGCUCUGGCGGACAGUGAGGGGUCUCUGGUGGAAUUCGAGGGGUCUCUGGUGGACGGUGGCUCUUGUCAGUUCGCACCGGACCCGAAGAGGUCAGCGCGCAGCGAGUCGUUGGGCAGCCGGUGUAGAGGUGAGCUGGCCCGCAGUCCAGUGCUUUGCCUCGCGAGGUUCCGCAGGCCCCGGAAGGCGCGCACGGCCUUCACGGACCACCAGCUCGAGCAGCUCGAGCACAGCUUUGAAAGUCAGAGGUACCUAAGCGUGCAGGACCGGAUGGAGCUGGCGGCCUCCCUGAAGCUCAGCGACACGCAGGUCAAGACCUGGUACCAGAAUAGGAGAACCAAGUGGAAGCGGCUGAGUCUGGCGUGUGGCCCGGAGACGCUGGCGGACGACCGGAGCUACUCCGUCCUGCAGAGGAUCGUCCCUACCCGGCCUUUUUUCUACCAGCAUUCCGCCGGUAUGUCGAGCAUGGACCCGGCGGCGGGCGUUUUGUAUCUGUACGAGGGAGGGACCUCAGUCCCACCUCCACCUGGCGUCCAGCACCGACCCCUCUGGCAUCACGUGGUGUUUCACGCAGAGAGAGGAGGGAUGCGCUCGAGCUCUCCCGCGCGGUGUCCCCGGACUGGACCACGUUAGGCGCGCGGCUGGCAUCAGAGGAACACUUCGUCCGUCAUUCAUGAUGACACGUAGUAUCGCGAGAAUAAUGAGGCAAUUUCACAGGCCAUUUCAGUUCGCCCCCAAAAAUGUCGUGAUUUCUACAUUUAGACAAUGACGAUGGAUUGAUGAACACUGUAUUGUUUAGUGAGUUCAGAGAUAUCUGUCUGCUGAAACUCACAUUUGGAAACUAAGAAUGACAUUCGAAAUGUAAAUAAAUGUCUGGA